AUGACUCUAUCUGGGUUUAUUAGUGACCAGGGGGACAGGUUACCACAUAACGUGACUCUAGCUGGGUUUAUUAGUGACCAGGGGGACAGGUUACCACAUAACGUGACCCUAGCUCUGUUUAUUAGUGACCCGGGGAACCGGUUACCACAUAACAUGACCCUAGAUCUGUUUAUUAGUGACCCAGGGGACUGGUUACCCCAUGACGUGACUCUAGCUCUGUUUAUUAGUGACCCGGGGAACCGGUUACCACAUAAUGUGACCCUAGAUCUGUUUAUUAGUGACCCGGGGGACCGGUUACCACAUAACGUGACUCUUGCUCUGUUUAUUAGUGACCGAGGGGACCGGUUACCACAUAACGUGACUCUUGCUCUGUUUAUUAGUGACCCGGGGGACCAGUUACCACAUAACGUAACUCUAGCUCUGUUUAUUAGUGACCAAGGGGACCGGUUACCACAUAACGUGACUCUAGCUCUGUUUAUUAGUGACCGAGGGGACCGGUUACCACAUAACGUGACUCUAGCUCUGUUUAUUAGUGAUCCGGGGGGCCGGUUACCACAUAACGUGACUCUAGCUCUGUUUAUUAGUGACCUGGGGACUGGUUACCAUGUCACGCUACUCUAG